AAAAAGAAAAAAAGUUUACUCGUAAAAUAUGACAGAAUCUGACUGAAAGUGAAUAUGUUUUCAAAUGUUCGCUUUUUUCAUACCAAGACAGAGGAACAUGCGCACUGCAACGUGAGUUUUGUACGUCCUAUUUAUUUACCUCCUGGACUUACUUCAUAUUGAUGUUUCACGUUGAAGUUCAUGCAUAUCAUAUGAAUAUAAGUGAGUUGCUGAGGCGACAGAUGACAUUAUCAUCAUCCCUUAGCUGAUAUAACUUAGGUUAGCAAUGGAUCAUAAUACAUCAGGUACAAAGCAAGAGUGUGAUAAAAAUAUGGAGUCAUCUCAGUUGUUAAAGCGUUCAAGGAGUGUCCUAUCUAAGCAGAUAUAUCAAGAACUGAAUAGAACAAACAAGGAUCAUACAGAAAAAUCUGCCAAACUACAACAAAUGUAUGACGUUCUUAAAACAGUCAAGCGCAGGAAAAUGGAGAAAAAUAACUCUACAAUAACCCCUACAUGGAAUAACAAUACUGUGGCCUCUUAUGUCAAAUCAUUAGAUAAUAUUGGAUUCUCAUCUGUAGAUCCAGUUGAAUUCAAACAGAAUGGCAGUGGAGAUAGAUUUCGUAAGCUUCCUGUCACUAAUUUCUCGUCAGUAUGUGGUGAUAGCGGAUAUGGAAGCAGCCUUUAUAAAUCGAGCAUCAGUGGCAAGUCGGAUUAUGGCCAUACUUCUGGUUAUAAAUCAGAUCUUACUUGUGGGCAAAAAUCUGACUACGGUAGUGAUACGUACAGUUCAUCUGAGAAUAAAACAUCGCUAGAACAGACAGGAUAUAUUGUUGGAAGCAGUAAGUCUGAAGCGCUUGAUAUACACACAGUAUCAAGCAAACGAAAACGGUUCAAGAAAACUGCAGAAGCGUUAAAGGAAUGUGGCCUGUUGGACAUUACAAAGAGGACUUCUGCUCUUGUUAAGGAGCAUGGAGGUACAGUUUCACAGGUUCAGAAACUUGCGAAAGAUAUGAAAGCCUUUGCUGAAUCAGUGUUAAAUGAUCCAAAAAAUGCCCACUUGAAAGACAUGUUGAGACACAAUCUAAAUAGCAUCCGCACAGGUGAUCCAAAAAAGCAUGGUGUCAAUGUGAGAAGUAUUAAUACUGGUGUCAAUGGUGAGACAAAAAGUGAGGUUGGUAAUCAUUUCAGUAGCAAUUUAGAUUCCCAUCACCCAAGUAAUUUAAAUUUUACCUGUAGUUCUACCAAUCCCAAGAGAGUCCCUACAAUUCACCAAGUGUCUUUAGGGUCUUACCAUGGGGGCUAUGAAAAUGGUUGUAAGGAUAGCCUUACUGUAGAGCCUAAUGUAAACAGUAGGCUGAAACGUGAUCAAACAGAGCCAAGUCCUUUCAAUCAAGGUCGUCUUGGAGAUAAAACUACAAAUAGUAGUAUCCAAAGUGGAUUUGCACAUUCCGAUGUAAUUAAUGAUGAUAUCAAACUUGCAAUUCAUAAUCAGUCUAAAACUGAUCCAUUUAUAUCAGAUCACUUUGACUCAGAUUCAGACUUUCUGUUGCAAUCAGACUCAGAAAAUACAUUAGUUACCCAAUCAGGUUCAGAGUUUCCCUUAUUUUCUGAACUUUCUCCUAUAUGUACUGAAGUGGAGUCUGAAAACUCCAGCUUAUCAGCCUCUCCUGUCAAAGACUGUGCCCUGUCUGAGAAAAACUUUGGGUGUUCUUUACAAAAGAUGCCAAUACCCACCACACAAAGUGCAAUAUUUUCCUACAAAGGUAUUACAGAUUCAAAAAAUCUUGUAUCUAGCACAAACAUGAGUCAGGAUGUUUCUCCUCAAAGAACAAACAUUCCUUUGUCAAGUAAAACCUCCAAAGAAUCCAUCCAUGUGAAAGAAACCCAACCUCCCUAUCAGUUCGCUAAGCCUUUUCAGAGAUUUUCUGAUCCAACUCAGAAACGAACCAGGCCUAAGUACUACUUUAAGAAAGGCCCUGAUAAUGUUCUCACUCUAACUAAAUAUCCAAGCUCAACUUCUAAGGAAUCUGUGACAACUGUUAACCAGGCUAAAGAAGAGAAUAUUAAAUGCAUGCCCUCAAAGCAGAAUGUACAAUCUCAUCCAAAUUUAGCUGAACCCCAGCAACAGAAUGUUGGUCCUUCCUUGGACUUUUUUAAAAUGCUACCUGAAAAGGCAGAUCUUGCUCCCGAAACUUGCCAAAAGUCUCCUCAAAAUAACAGUCCUUCUCCUGGAAAUUGUCAUCCAACACAAAACUUUUCUUUUCAAGACUACAGAACAUCUCCUUUAAAUGAGCAUCUUUCUCAUGAUCAUGGCUGAAGGUCUUCUGAACUUUCUCCUGAACAUUUCAUUUCUUCUCAAAAUGAAGUUCUUUCUUUUGGAGAUUUCCAAGGAUCUGUUCAAAAUGGUGCGUGUUUGCCUGAUUAUUGUCAGACACCAAAUGCUGACGUUUCCAUUGAAAAACCCCAAAGGUCUCCUGAAAAUGUGCAAUCUCCUGAACAGUAUCCACAUGCCAUCUGUUCUCCUGAAAAUGUUCAGAUGUCUCUUCAAAAUACCCAUAUAUCUCCUGAACAUUAUGAAACUCCUCAAAAUAUCCUUAUUUCUCCUGAAAAUGUUCAGAUGUCUCAUCAAAAUACCCACACUUCUCCUGAAUAUAAUGAAACUCCUCAAAAUGUCCACCUUUCUC